AUGAAGAUAUCGACUCCAAAAUUUCAAGCUAUUUUAACUGAAGAAGUGAAUACUUUGGUGGAGCUCUUCAAGAAACAUGACUAUGAACUCAGGUAUGGUUUUUAUUAUGAUUUGACACGUUUUAGGAUAGCAGGCGGGCCAGUCCGAGAUCUUCUGAUGGGUAUUCAACCAGCUGACAUUGACUUUGCUUCUACAGCGACUCCAACACAGAUGAAAGAGCUGUUCGAAAAGGAGAAUAUACGUAUGCUGCAUAAGAAAGGCGAAGAACAUGGUACGAUUACGUGCAGAAUCAACGAUAAGGAGAACUUUGAAGUCACGACUUUGAGGAUCGAUGUGGUUUGUGAUGGAAGAAGAGCUGAGGUUGAGUAUACCACAGAUUGGAAGUUAGACGCCUUCAGACGCGAUUUGACAAUCAAUUCUUUGUUUUUGGGAUUCGAUGGGACUGUGUAUGACUAUACGGGUGGGAUAGAAGACAUUGAGAACAGAAGAGUCAGAUUUGUUGGUGAAGCAGAACAAAGGAUUCAAGAAGAUUACCUGAGGAUCUUCAGAUACUUUAGGUUCUAUGGAAGGAUUGCUGAAGACGCUGAUCAUCAUUGUAAAGAGACGUUGGAGACCAUAAAAAAGAAUAAGCAAGGGAUCGAAGUAAGUUUACAAUUUUUUUAAUAUUUGAGGAUAAUUUGUUUAGUGGAGUUAAAAAAUGCUAGCAGAAUGUUGUGUUCUGUCUUCAAACCUAAUUUACUAGGUUAAAAUAUAAAAUUGAAGUUAUGGUUAAUUAUGGAUAAAGUUUUCAGAACCUAAGCGGAGAAAGGAUUUGGUCAGAGCUGAAGAAGAUUGUGAUUGGCAGAUUCGCUCCACAACUGAUGAGAGCCAUGAUUGCAGAAUGUGAAUUGGGCAGUCACUUAGCUCUUCCAGAUCAAUUUUCCCGCAGUAGUUUGAAUGAAUUUGAACGAGUUACUAUGAAUGUAAAGACCUUAUCUACAGAAAAAGAGAGUCCACUACCAUCUACUGUGUUAGCUACAUUAUUGGAGACGAUGGAUGAUGUAAAUACUUUGAACAAACGAUUAAAGCUGUCAACUGUAGAGAAGUCACUGGCUGAAUUUAUAGUGGAAUACAGAGAUGAAGCUGAGAAAAAGAAGGAUGACAUCUUGUUUUUCCAGUAUCUGAUUCUGGACAACGUGUUUUUAUAUGGAGGUGGGUGGGUUAUAUGGGUCGGGUAUUGUUUUUAAAGUUUAUGACAUUCGAACAGAUUAUUUAAUAUUUUCAAAGCUUGUAAUAUUAGGUAAACCUUUAAUAUUUCAUUUUCCAAGUUUGUUGAUAACUAUAUUAUGCUACUUUAAAAUGCUGUAACACGGAAGUUAUAAUAUAUAUUUUGCAGAACAGGCACGCGAUCCUUCUUCCAGAUUCACGUACGAACUUCUGAAAUACGUUGGAGCUACCGAAACGCUGACGUCACUUCGAGAAUGGUCCAAGCUUAAGGUCACAUUUCCAAUUAAUGGGUUGGUGCUAAUGAAAGCUGGAGCUGAGAAAGGACCAAAACUCAAACUGACCAUGAACUACUUGUACGACCUGUGGAAGGAUGUAAGUUGAUAUAUAUUGUUGGCUGACUGGCGAGUCAGUUAUUAUACUUUAGUAAACUGGGUAGAAAGAUUUAAUUGAGAGCUUUAACUUUUGCGAUUCUACGCAUGUUUGGCCAAACUUUAAUGAUGUCAAUGCAAAAAGUUCACUUAAGAUACGAAAAAACUGAGAGAUCACCGUUCGAGCGCUUUUGGAACGCGCUAAUACAUAAUUUACGGCGGCAUCCGGUGUUAUUGCGACAUGUUGUUAAUUAUUUAAACAUCUAUUUCACAGAGUAACUGCAAUUUGUCCGAGGAACAACUGACACAUCACGCACUGAAUGAUACCAUCCCGGACACGCCCCACAAACAAUUCAGGAAGCGACGCUGGGUUCAGAUCUCCUCAUAA